AUGGACGUUACGCAAGCCAGCAAGGCACGCGCCUGCCGUCCCAGGCGUCAUAUCCCGUGGCACGCGCCCUUGACUCCAUCUGCCCCGCCUGUGUCUGCCAGCUCAGCAGGCAGUCGCGCCAGCCCUUCAGCUUACGGUUAUGCUUACGCCCACGGUUCACAGUACGGAUCGUCGAUCCAGCCCUCGCCCGUUCAAUACGGCUCCCAAGACUACGGCACUGGACAGCAGCAGUCGCCGCAACGCGCACCGCAGCAGUACUCGCCCUAUGGGCAGAGUGUCAUGUACGGUGUGAGUGGUGCGCAAGGCUCAGCAACGGGGUCGUCGCAAUAUGAGCCUGUGGAACAGUACCAGCAAAACAGGGAUUCGGCUAUACAAGUCCUGAGCACCGGCUUUGGCGUCGCACAGGCGCCAUUCUAUGAGAGCGGUCCUACGAGUGCGCCUGCCUCUGCUCUUGCGUCCCAGAACGUUCCUUCACAGUACCCCUCUCUGGGAUAUACAGCAUCGCAGGCUUCGGUCGGCCGAGAAUCGCUUGCGCCCGCAUUCACCACCGCAGGCAUGACAGAUCCCAGCCAGGCGACUGCUCACCCGGGUUAUGCCCAAGCCAGUUACGGCGAGCAGCCGGCCGCCGGCAACGAGUUCGAUGUCUUCUACAACCGUUACCAAACAGAGCUCAAGCGAACCUUUGAGCAGGUCCGGGACGGCCGCCUCAACGAAGCCGCGCAGCAGCUGUACAUGCUCUCCGACUGGGUGCUGCACUAUGCAGAGACACUGGGCCUAGUUCGCGACGACGAGAACCACUACUCGCAGCGCCUCGUUCUAUGGGAAGAGUUCAACACCUGUUGGCUCGCGACCCUGCAGAAACAAAAGGCAUUCACCCAAGACAUGAUCAGCACUGGCCAGCGACCGCAGCCUCCAGUGACUUUGAUAGACUAUGACUUCCUCGAGAAAAUGGGCACGCAGCUCGUGAAGCACUGCGACAACAUGGAGAAGCACGGUCUAGUCGACUACCAAAUGGGCGUUUGGGAAGAAGAAAUUGUAGCCAUGUUGACCUCUUGCCUCGACCUGCUCGAGGAAGUUGGCGCCGGCUCCUCAGCACAGCGACCCACCUCGACAUCACGGAGACGAUGA